CGAAGCAAUUCAACCUGUCACACCUGUUAAGAAAGCUGCCGGCAAAAGAUUCAUCUCGGUCAUACGAUCUAUCUGAAAAUGAACAUGCGUCCGGAACAACUCGUGGACCGUUGAGUAAACGAUCAUGAGCAACGAUACGCGCCAAGCCUCUGGGGGCAGCGUCAAAGCGAAGCGACGAUAUACUGAUGCAGACGAGGAUGGCAGGCAAAAUGCCGCUGACGAUUAUACCUCUCAUCCAAAGCGACAGCGCGUCUCCCGGGCGUGCGACAGCUGUCGCUCGAAAAAAGACAAAUGCGAUGGGGUUCAACCAGUGUGUUCGACGUGCGCGUCGCUCUGCCGGCCCUGUACGUACAAAGCGAACCCCAAGAAAAGAGGUGUACCGACCGGUUACAUUCGUACACUCGAAUUACUAUGGGGAAUCGUCUUUUGCAAAAUUCAGGGGAGCGAGGAGGUGGUGCGGGCCCUAUUGAGGGCGGCAAAUAUACCCAGUCAUCUAGCGACAAUGGGAAAGGAGGCGGAAGGAUCGGACACACUUCUCUCUUCGUGGAAAAACAGCAUUGUGUUGAGGGAGAUCGAAAGGAUAUUAGCCUUCUUGGAUCAGCCCGAGGAGGAACAGGAAAAAGCGAAUCGAGUAUCUACCGACUCGCCGCAGGAAGCUGAGGGAAGCAGUGUCCUUUCUUCCGACACCCUCGAAUGGCAGAUUCCUGAAGGAUUUGGAGACGGGCGCGAGACUUCGCUACCCGCAGCCUUCUCGCCGGUAAAAACGCCCAAACUAGGCUCAACGACCAACCUUUAUACUUCUCGUGCAACCAGAGACUCUGGUACCCAAACCCUCCCAUCCGAUGAUGUUCCAACUGGAACGCACGGUCCUCUAAUCGACGAAUUCCCACAAACCCUCACAACAUUUCCCCCUUCUAAGGAUGGGACGGGGACGCGUCUUGAACUCCCUUCUAAUGCAUGGUCCCUGCUCGACAUUUACUUUUCAUACACACAGUGUUGGUUCCCAAUACUCGAGAAGCAUGAUAUCCUCCGGACGGCAUUUCGGGACACAGCAGGGGAGAUGCGAGUCUCUUCCUCCUCUCCAGGGUCUGGGGAUUACGCGGCAUUAUGGGCCGUCCUGACGUUUGCUUCCAUUCAGGAAGCAUCGAUUACCAAUACCCGCCAGUUCACAGACCUCCCCAGCGACCGACCUGACCCCGAGCAGCUUUAUGCCACAGCCCGAAGUUUGAUCCCUCUUGAAAAUGGGGUUUACGAAAUCGGCCAUGUCCAAGCGAUAAUGCUUCUGUCUUUGGUCAAAUUUGGCCAACAGGAAUGGACUGCAGCAUGGAUGCUUGUAGGACAGGCGGUUCGGAUCUCGCGCUCGCUCGGGAUAGAUCACCCCCCUGCGGCCAUAGAAGAAGGGAAACCUGCUGCGCGAUCGAAACAUGUGUUUCUAGGUUGUUUCAUUCUCGAGACUCUGAUCGCCACGAAGACAGGUCAGGUGCCAACACUACGCAAGGAAGACCUCAUGAGAGUCGGCCCAGUCAAUGAAGAUGGCCUGGAAGAAUGGCAUCCAUGGGAAGACCAGACUGGUCUCCGCCCAACAAAGUCCUCCCGCGAUUCUUUCCACCGUGGACCUCUUCAUGCACUAAGUACUUUCAACCGUCUCGUUUCAUUGGUCUCUAUCCUGAAUGAAUUGUGCUGUCUCAAGCAAAACCUGACUUACUCCAUUCCACAACUGGAGCUGCUGGAGCGCCAGUUACAACUCUGGGUCACUGCCCUUCCAAAAAGCUACCGGGUUGAUCUGCAGACAACCAAGCUAGCUUCACCACAUAUCUUCGGUCUCGAAAUGAUGUACGAGGGGAUUGUCACGUGCAUGAGUCUACAAUUUGCAAUGCAAGAAGGUGGCCGAAACAUAGCGGAUGCCCCUUGCAGAAAGCGAGCCAUUGAAAGCUCGAAGAGAUCGCUGCUGUUACUUCAGACUUACAUGGAGAACUACAGUCUUUCGGCAACAUCUCCUACAUUUGGGAUGAUGCUUACCUUUGGUCUUAAUGCACCCGGAGAGGGGGCGAUUCCGCAAUCAUCAUCCGAGCUCGAAUAUGGGCUGAAGAGUAAAUUGCAAACCUUUUCUUCUCAUCUUACAUCAGUAUGGUCUGCACAAGGAAAACCCACAGCGGAAAUGGGGUUUACCGAAAGGGAUCAAAUAGGCCGACAGGAUAACCUUUCAACAAUGGGCACACCCGAGCAGAGCACAAUUAUGGAUAAUGUUCCUGUUCAGAGCUCCCGACCGAGGAGCGAUUCACGACGAUUACAUCCAACAGAUGAAGCACGUACUGGGCUCGUGACAUCGAGCCCCUUUAUGCCAGAUUCUUGGAUGAGAACAGCGCCUACUCUUGAUGAAAACGCUUCUUUAUCAAUUCCAACACCAACACCCACCUUGACGAGCAGAACGUCGGAAGCAUCUCGUCCGCCUCCACCGUUGAACGGCCCUGCAUCCGGCAGACUGCGUCCAUCUCUCACUUCAAACACGAAACCUAUGAAUGGAGCCGGUGCCAUGAUACCUGACAUACCAUCCCCGUUCCCCUCCACCACUGAACAAUACCCGCCAGCAUACAGCGACCCGAACCUAAACCUUGAAUCUUUUGUCGACAUUGAUGGAUACGGACCUCCCCGACGUCCGAGAAUUGCACCCGAUCUUGAUGCUUUGUUUGACGAACUAGCGUCGCUGGACGGAACUGAAAAAACCGAUAACCAACCGGAAUUCAUGCAGAAUUUGGGGUUCGUUCCGGACGCUGGGAUCCCUGAAUUGUAUUCAUACUCCAGUCAAGUUGAGCCUUUCCUUCUAGCUCAAACCCAACAACUCUCCUGCUCGGAGCCUGCGCCCGCCGUACGACGAGAAUCACAACAGACGAAUAGCUCUUCGCAUGCCCAAAGAUGAGCGUGGGAUUCGACAUC